AUGGCAAAGUCACUUGUUUAUCGUUUGGAAAAAGUUGAUCCAAGAAGGAUGAAACAUGAGGAGAAGCUAGCUUUCUGGAUCAAUGUGCACAAUGCUCUGGUGAUGCAUGCAUUUUUGGUUUAUGGAAUUCCCAAAAAUAAUCUGAAAAAAGUAUCUUUACUACUCAAGGCUGCAUAUAAAGUGGGAGGCCAAACCAUAAAUGUAGACAUGAUUCAAAGUUCUAUUCUGGGAUGCCGAAUCCCACGUCCAGGACAAUGGCUGCGUUUUCUAUUUUCUUCCAAGGCAAAAUUUAAGGUUGGAGAUGCACGAAAAGCUUAUGCAAUUGAGCACCCUGAACCUCGUUUGCAUUUUGCACUUUGUUCAGGAAGUUAUUCUGAUCCUGUGGUCCAUGUAUACACACCCAAGAGAGUUUUCCAGGACCUGGAAACAGCAAAAGAAGAGUACAUUCAAUCAAACUUCAGCAUAAACAAGGAGCAGAAAGUUCUUUUGCCAAAGAUGGUAGAAUCUUUUGCAAAGGAUUCAGAUAUGUGCUCAGCUGGUUUGCUUGAGAUGAUUAAGCAUUCCAUGCCAGAUUCUUUCAGGAAGAACAUUCAACUAUCUCAACACAAGAAAACUGGAAAGAUCAUUGAGUGGAUACCCCACAACUUCACAUUCCGUUUUCUGCUAUCAAAAGAACUGGCAUAGCAAAACACCUCCGCAGCCAGCGGCCGAGAACCUCCUCUACUACAAGAAUUAUCUUUACAUUUCACUAGUUUGCUAGCUUGGUAGAUUAGAAUGACAGAAGAAUCACAACUAAACUUCUUGUUACAUCAGGCUUUAGCUGAGGGCUGAGCUUGUUUGAUUCAGGAGUUUUUUUCCA